GUUGCGCCUAGUAAACGCUAGGGAAAAUUUCAUUACGUUUAUUUUUUUGUCGGCAGUUAAACAUCCAACAUGGCAGCCCUAAGAGCAGUUAAGAUCCUACCCCAUGUGAAAGAAAUUCGGAUCCAUUUGUGCCAGAAGUCAGAUGCCAGCAAAGGAGUCAGAGACUUCAUUGAGAAACACUACAUUGAUUUGAAGAAAACCAACCCUGCAACACCAAUUCUUAUUCGAGAAUGCAGUGGUGUUCUGCCUAAAGUCUAUGCACGGCAUGAGAAAGGUGUGGAAGUGAGUGUCUCAGUCUCGAAUUUGGCUGCUGAGAAAAUUCACUCAGUUUUGGAAGGUCUUGUUCAAAAAAAGUAAAAUACUUUUCAUCUGUAGAAGUCUUGUGUAAAUAGAAAAGAUAGGCUGACAAAUUUA